AUGGCGGAGAUUGCUGCCAGUAGUGCUGCUGCAACAAAAUGCACUGAUGUAUUGGUAGACAAAGUAACAAAGGAACUUCCAUAUUUGUGUUGUUACAAGAGUUAUGCAGCUGAAUUUGAAGAGAAAAAAGGAGAAUUGUCAGCUGCAGUGGAGAGUGUGGACAUGAAGAUAAAAGAAGCCAAAAGAAGGAAUGAAACCCAAAUUGACCCUUUAGUUAAGCAUUGGGUUCGAAAAGCCAACAACUUCAUUCAGCAAGAAACAAGACCAAAGAAAUGGUUUGGUUUCUGUAAUGAUUGGUUUUCGCAAUAUUCACUGGCGAAGAAAUUAGAGCGCAUCAUGCAAGAGAUUCCAACAAUAAUGGAGAAAGCUGAGAACUUCUCACAAGUUGCACGUGCAGCUGGACCUCCAGGCAUGGAGUUCUAUUCACAAGAGUUUAUGCAUUUUAAGAGUAGAAACUUAGUUUAUGAACAACUUAGGGAGGAGCUGAAAAAUGACAAUAUACAUAGGAUUGGAUUGCAAGCAAUGGGAGGAUCAGGGAAAACCACAAUGACAAAAGCAAUUGGUAAGGAACUUGAAAAUUCAAAGGCAUUUGAUAAAGUUGUCUUCAUUGAAGUGCCUAAUCCUGUUGACGAAAAGAAGAUUCAAGAUGAAAUUGCAAAAAAAUUGGAGUUGAAGUUGGAGGAUGGCAAGGAUUUAACACACGCAGAACAAAUAUGGAUCAGAAUCACUAAUGCUGGAAGUGUACUCAUAAUACUUGAUGAUGUCUGGGAAGAGCUCAAACUUGAGAACAUAGGGAUUCACCAUGGCAUCCAUAGCCAGGGCCGGUGUUGUGUCUUGCUAACCACACGUUAUGAGACAAUUUGUAGAAGAAUGAGCUGCCAAAAGACUAUUAAACUAGGGCUCUUACAUGAGGAAGACGCAGUGAAUCUUUUCCUACAUCAUGCCACUGAAAAUGGGAAGGAUUGUCCUAAUAAAUUGAAGUUGCUAGCAUCAAAAGUUGUGAUUGAGUGUGGAAACUUACCAGUUGUAAUUGUAGCAGUUGCUCGAACCUUUAGAAAUUGGGAUCCAAAUGAAUGGGAGGAUGCUUUUGCAGUAAUAGAAAAAGAUUCAUCCUUAAGGCAUGGGAACAUUGAUGAAGAAGUGAAAAAGUUUUACAAUUCUCUGAAAAUAAGCUUCAAGUGUCUAGAUAGAGGAGCGCAAGAUCUCAUCCUGCUAUGUUCUAUAUUCCCAAGAGCUUAUGAAAUACCAGUAGAGGUUUUAAGCAGAAUUGCUAUAGGUUCAGGCUUAGUGAAAAUGUUGGCAGCUACUAUAGAGCAAGAAGUGAAGUGCUUUCAAUCAAAACCACACUCGUACGUUCUGCUUUAUUGCUCACUACUAGAGAAGGAUUUGUAA